UUUUUUUCCUGUUCAGAGAUGUUUUGAGUUUUCUGAACCCUGGGAGACUCUGAAAGUUACAGGUGCUGACCCAUCCAGAGAGCAUAGAAUUCCCAACCGGAGUGGGUGGAUUCUCCUACUGGAAUUGAUGAGACCAAUUCUGCAAUCUUAUGAAUCAUCACACUCACCUGCUGAAUCUUGAGAGUGCAGAUGCUGGAGAUUCUGCUGAGAUGGCUGAACUUCCAGGACCAUAUAAUUGUCCCAAAGACCUAGAAAUGGUGCUGCCUAAAAGUCAAGAUGACUGGUCCAAAGAAGACAUUGUGCAGUUACUGGAAUAUAUGGAGAAAAGCAUUCCAUCCAAUGACAGGCACACAUUCAAAAUGACCCAGUCAAUGAUGGACUGGGAAAAAGUAGCUUUUAAAGAUUUUUCUGGGGAAAAAUGCAAACUCAAAUGGUUAGAGAUUUCUUAUAACUUGACAAAGUUCCGCACUUUGAAAGAAUUAAUCCUGGAAGCUAAGGAAAAUGUUAACAAUCCUUCCAAAAGCAGAAACCACAAGAAACAUCCUGAUUUACCCAAGAAGCCCCUGACAGCUUACCUCCGCUUUUUUAAAGAGAUGAGACCUCAGUACCUCCAAAAACACCCCAAGAUAAGCAACCAGGAGCUGACCAAGGUUCUGUCUGAGGAAUACAAGAAGCUGCCCGAACAGCUCAAGCUGAAAUACAGUCAAGAUUUCCAGAAAGAGAAACAGGAGUUUCAGGAGAAAAUGGUUCUGUUCAGAGAACAGCACCCUGAACUAGUCCAGAACUCCAAGAAACCUGAUGUCCCCAAAGGAAGUCAAAGCAAAGUGCCAAAGAAGUUUCAGGAAAAUGUGCAAAAAGUGAAGCCUCCCCCAGAAAACCAUUUACCCAUGAAAUGGAAAUUCCAAGGAGAGCCCAAGAAGCCCCGGAUGAAUGGCUAUCACAAGUUCCACCAGGAUCUCUGGUCGAGCAGGGAGCUGAAAGUGGUGCCCCCGAGGGAGCGCAUGGUAGAGAUCAGUAGACGCUGGCAGAGGGUCUCCCAGGACCAGAAGGAGAUUUAUAAGAAGCAGGCAGAGGAACUGCAGACACAGUACAAGGUGGACCUUGAUCUCUGGCUCAGGACUCUGUCUCCUGAAGAAUAUGCUGCUUACAGAGAGGCGACCUGGGCUAAGCGUAAGAACAUGAGCGUGACGGGGGGCCCGAACCCCAAGAUUAGAAGGAUGGAUCUGCAGUCCCCAUCAUCAGGGAAUCUGCAAGGAAGGCUUAGAGAGGACCUGGGGCUUCAGGCUGCAGAGUUAGCAUCAUCGGACAUGACUGGAAAACAUUCUCCUGCCUCAGGGAGAUCAGAGGAAAAUGAGGAAGAGGAGGAAGGCAGCCGCUGCUCAGCCCCCAGCAUUGCGGAUGAAGAUGGAGAUUCUGAGCCAGAGGACCGCGGCUCCAGCUCAUCGUCCUCAGGGAACUCCUCUGACUCGGAUUCCAACUGAGUUUAGUUCACAACCUGAAGGGACAAAGAACUUUCCAGCAAAAGUCCAUGGGCCCUUCUCUCUAUUGCCUCUUCAUUGUCUUCCUUCUUUCCCUCCCUCUUCAUACAAAGUGGGACCUUUUGGAAAGAAGGCAUCUUGUGCUCUAAUUUCUGCCCUCUCCAUCUACCCCACGUUCACCCCGAGAGAAAGUCAAUGCAAUGAUGCCUCGUCAAAUAAACCCUGAGCUGACUGGGCUCCGGGGCACCCUGGACUAGACUGAGCUCCCUGAACUGGGAAGGUUUGCUCUCCUCACCCUCUGCGGGCCAGACGUGUGAGGGGCUGCAGGGGUCUUUGACCCCCCUCUUCUCUGUGACCUUGUCCCUCAGGACUCAGGCAGUGAGCUGGGGAGGGAAGAUCUGAUUGACUGGAAGUAGGAGACUUGCCUUUAAGACAAUUGUCUCUGUCCCUUCUCUCUGAAGUGAGGAGCUGGCCCUUCCUUAUCUUGGAAGCAAGGAUGGGCAUGUGGGCAGCAGCAUUUCUCUCUAUAUAUUUAUCCUUUGAGUUAUCAGUGAGAUUUUUCUUACUGAUUUCAAAAGUUAUAAAUUAAAAUUUAAAACUGC